AGCUAAUGGGUGCAAACGAGGUCGGCUUAGAAGACCCAAGACGAAUGUCGCGCAUCCCCAUUCCCAUUCUCAUUCUCAAUUCCCAUGUCUGUCUGCGACAUCACCGAGGGUGUCGAUCGGCACCCCGGAAAUGGCAGAGAGCAAACACAGUAAACUACAGUAAACCAUAGUAAACCACACUAGUUAAGCAGAUAAGAUAGAACAUUACUGAUAUGGCACGUCUAUCUGGAAUGCAACGUGAAGUGCUAAAGCUUUAUCGAGGUUGUAUAAGAAUUAUACGUACAAAGCCCAUUGAGAAUCAAGAGCAUUGGAGACAGUUUGUACGAGAAGAGUUCAGGAAGAACCAGCACAUAUCGAAGAAACAGUUUAAUGUCAUAGAGCAUUUAAUCCGAGUAGGUCAUAAACGAUUUGAACAAUAUCUGCUGCCACAAAUUAAGGAUAUACAUUAACCAUUUGAUUUACAAUUUACAAUUUACAAUUUACAUAGUUAAAUAGUCCCUGUACAU